UAAGUUUAUAGUUAGCUGCAACGCGGCCUAAUGCAGUCCGUUUAAAUGUGAUACAAGAACUAUUAGCAAAGAUCGCCCGAAAAAGAGAAUACAACAUGCGGAGGAAAAUUUAUAGUUUGACGAUCGCAUUCGGAUUUUUCCUCAUGUCCAUCCAAGCAACGUCUGGAUUAGAGGCGGGGAAGAAGAUCAAGAUAUCAACACCGGGUUUAGAAGAGAUACCGACGAAUCUCUUGAACUUGCUGGACACGAGCUGCGCGAGGAGGAAGAUCACGGAAGCGCCGAGAAUCGAUCACAUGGAAAACGUUAAAUAUUCGAAGAGAAAACGGGCGAAGAAGACGUUCCUAAUUGCUACUUACAGCUGUCAGGACGGUUACAGUUUGCUGAAUGACAAUAGAAAAUUGUAUUGCGGCAAUGGGAAAUGGAUGGGUCCUUGGCCAAUAUGCAUACCCAACGCAGGACUUGCCUACACCCAAAGCGAUGAUUCCAAUGUAGUAACUACAACAGGAUUGAACGAAUGUCCUCAAGAUUUUGCUAAACGUUGUCAACACGACUGCGUCAUGUCCAAUGGAAAACCUAAGUGCAACUGUUACAACGGUUUCCAAAUGAACAACGGAGUCUGCGAAGACAUAAACGAAUGCUUAACGAACAAUGGAAAUUGCGCCCACGAAUGCACGAAUUCACCAGGAUCAUUCCAAUGCACGUGUCCGCCAGGAUUCUUCGUUUCCGAAUAUUCAUGUGUUGAUAUAAACGAAUGCACCUUAAGGAACGGACACGGACCGUGCCAAGAGACUUGCGAGAAUACCGAAGGUUCUUAUAGAUGCUCUUGUCAGUUGCCAGGAACUCAGUUGGCUCCGGAUUUACACACUUGCGUGGAUUUGGACGAAUGCCAGCAGGGGACUUCCGGCUGUUCGCACGGCUGCAUCAAUACACACGGUAACACCUUCUGCACGUGUCCCGAAGGAAUGAUGCUGGACACGGAUUGGAAAACGUGCACAGAUAUUAACGAAUGCGAGGAUUCGCCUUGUUCCCAUGAGUGUGUUAACAUUGUUGGGAGCUACAAAUGUGCGUGUCCAACGGGUUACCUCAUCGGACCAGAGAAUCUUCACGAAUGCGUCGAUGUCAACGAAUGCGAAUCGAAACCGUGCUCUCAUUUAUGCGAAAACACUGUUGGAAGUUUCGUUUGUUCAUGUCCGGAUACUUGGAUUCUCAAGAACAAUACUUGCGUUCAAGACAAUUGUCCUCCGGGUUACAAGAUGGAAAACGAUGGAUGCGAGGAUAUCAAUGAAUGUUUAGAUGGUGUAUGCGAUGGUUUGUGCGAGAAUACCAAUGGAUCUUACGAAUGCUCUUGUUAUGAAGGUUAUUACCUUAAUGAAACAACUAGGGCAUGCGUUGAUAUCGAUGAGUGCAUCGAUGAAUACUCAAAUGAUUGUGAUCAAUUGUGCUUGAAUACACCUGGAAGUUACAGUUGCGAAUGCCAGGAAGGCUUUUCUUUGAUCGAAGGCAUUUGCACAGAUGUAAACGAGUGCUUGGAUUUCAAUGGGAACUGCACUCAUCUUUGCGCUAAUCUGGAGGGAUCAUACCAAUGCGCCUGCGAUAUCGGCUACGUGCUGCAGGAAGAUAACAGGACCUGCAAGGAGUUGGAUUUAUGCACGGAUAAUAAUGGCGGUUGCUCGCACGUUUGUGAGAAUUACAAUGGGAGCGUUAUCUGUGGAUGCCCCGAUGGUUACGAACUGUACGAUAAGGACUGUUUCAAGAUAAGCCCUUGCAAGAUCAACAACGGCGGCUGCUCGCAUUUCUGCGAGCACAUAAACAACACCGUCAAUUGCCUCUGCCCUGAUAAUCAUAAGUUAAUUAACACUAGCUUCUGCGAGAUAGAUGCUUGCUUUGAAGAAAACGGAGGCUGCUCACACAUGUGCGAGAACAUCAAAGGUCAAGCUAGUUGCUCCUGUCCAGAUGAAACGUAUGAACUUAAAGGUAAGAUUUGCUACAAGAUAAAUCUUUGCCUGAUCAACAACGGAGGUUGCUCUCACGGAUGCCAGUUCAAUAACAAUGAGGUCGUCUGCGAUUGUCCGCCCUACCAUGAACUAAAUGAUAAGCAGUGCAAGAAAAUAAACCCUUGCGAAAUCGAUAAUGGCGGUUGCUCCCAUCUCUGUGACUUCUUCAACGAUCAAAUUAAUUGCGCUUGUCCCAAAGGCUUCGAGCUGGUUGGUAAAGAAUGCGAGAGGUACGACCCGUGCUCAGUGAAUAACGGAGGAUGCUCCCAUGACUGCUUUAACAACAAUGGAGAUGUGGAAUGCCUUUGUCCUAUAAGAUACGAACUGAUCGAUGGUAAAAACUGUGCUCCCAUUGAUCCUUGCGCGGAUCGAAACGGUGGAUGUUCUCACUAUUGCUCAAGCACAACUGGUUUUGCACGUUGCCACUGCCCAGAAGGUUUUCAAUUAGUAGAUAAAACCUGCGUAAAGAUAGAUCCAUGCAAGUUACUAAACUGCUCGCAUUUCUGCAUAAACCAGAACGAAUACGCGCAAUGCUACUGUCCGGAUAACUUGCUUUUGGUAAACAAUACAUGCGUGGAUCCGUGUGAAGGCUUUGGUUGCUCGCAUUCUUGUAGGAGCGUAAGGGGUGUUCCCUUCUGCGAAUGUCCAGAUCAUUUGAUGCUUUCAGAUAAAACGUGUAUUGAUAUAGAUCCAUGUUUAACCAAAAAUUGUUCACACGACUGCGUCUUAGUAAAUAAACAGGCAGUUUGUAAAUGCCCGGAUAACUACGAAUUGCAAGAUUCUAUUUGCAAACCCGUAAAUCCAUGCACGAUUAAUAAUGGAGGAUGCAGUCAUAUUUGCUAUAGCUAUCGCGGAUUUGCAAAGUGUUCCUGUCCAGACGGUUUUGUAUCACAAGGAAAGAAGUGCCUGGACGAAAAUCCUUGCCGAGCAAACAAUGGAAAUUGCUCGCACAUUUGCACCAACGGUAAUGGAGUUAGUACAUGUAGCUGCCCAACUGGUUAUACUUUACGACCUAACAAAAGAACGUGCAAAGAUAUUAAUGAGUGUUUAAUAGAAAACGGUAAAUGCUCGCAUUAUUGUAAAAACACUCCAGGAGGUCGCACUUGCUUAUGCCCUAAAGGUUAUCAGUUACACGAAGAUCAAUCUCAAUGCACCAAAAUAUCUUGUUUCUAUAACAACGGAGGAUGCCAGCAAAUUUGUAAGAACUCCUAUGGUUCAAUCAAGUGUGGUUGCACUGAAGGAUUCACGUUGCAAGAAGACAAAAAGUCUUGCAAGAAAGCUCAAUUCAGUGAAUGUCCACUUAAAAUCCCCAUCAAUGGGAGGAUUAAGUGUACAAACCAAAACAACUCUUCCUAUGUUCCGGUCAACACUCAAUGCCUGGUAACGUGUGACAGAGGAUACAAACUUAUGGGCGAAAGUAUAAGAACUUGCAAGUCUUCGGGAAAUUGGGAUAGGGACGACGCCUAUUGCGUAGGAGUUUCUUGCAAGAAAAUGCCACAUCCUUUGAAUGGAAGAUUUAUACCGACGAGUUGUACGUCCGGAAAGAAUUUCAUCGGAGAAAAAUGCAAGCUACACUGUCGGAUCGGAUAUAAACCAAACCCGAAUAUGGAAUUGUUUACCUGCUUACCCAACUCACAGUGGACUCCGGACAUUGAAGAUAAUCACAUAGUAAAUGCUUGCGUUCAAGAAUAUUAUCAUGUAGAACCUUCAAUUCGUUGUCCAAAUGGCGGUUCAUUAAAUUUUGAUCUACCAAAGGGCAAGAAUAGCGUAAUGGUUCAAAUUCCAAAACCGGAAUCAAACGUAGAUUGGUGGCGAUUUGUCAAGGCCACUCCGAGCUGGGCUAAACAGUUAUACUCAAACCUAGGUCCCGGACGCUUCGAGGUGAUAUUUAAUGCUUAUAGCCCCACAUUAAACACCUCCUCCAGCUGUCAUCUAUUGAUAAAUGUACGAGAUACUGAAGCACCUCAAAUGACUGGAUGUCCUGCCAAUAUGGAGAUCACACUGAGGAAAGAUGAAAGGACGAGAACGGUUUAUUGGCAGGAACCAAUUUUUACGGACAACGUUGGUGUUAAAACCGUGUACAAAUCCAAGGAAUCUUCGUCGUCUUUAGGUCCAGGUUACCAUCACGUUAACUACAUUGCUAGUGAUAAUGCUGGAAACAGGGCCUUCUGCCACUUCACAAUUUCCAUUAAAGAAUUUGGAUACACCUUUAAUUAUCCUGGCAGAUACAGGGCCGUGCUAAUUUGUCCGCACGGAAUUCAAUACAUGUCUAACUCUCCUGAUAACUAUGAUAAUUCUAUAACAACUAGGAAUGGAUGUCAUUGGAGCCAUAUAAGGGUGCGGGAGCCUAUGGGAAAUGCAGCCUAUAGAUUGCCAUCAUUCAGAACGCACCAUUCCCAGCAUGGGUCAAAUCACAACAGUCAUGCAUACAGAGACAAGCUAAAGAGGAACUUGUUCGAUUGGAAUAAAAAUUGUUGCUAGAAGUAGGAAGAACAUAUUCCUAUUAAAACAAUGUGUAUAUUUUUAACAAGAACAAAGGCAAUAUUUAGUAAUACUUGAAACUAAUGUAUAAGUGAAAAUACUUCUGUUAUUCAAUGUAGACAACCCAGUAAUCAUUUAAGUAAACUAUUAAUCAUACAUUUUUUUAAAAUGUGCAAAUAACUAAUUUGAAUUUAAUAAACGCAUUUACAUGGAUGAUUUUU